GGCCAUGAGUUAUUCUUAUUUUUCGCUCUCCUCUGUCCUUUUUGGUUUUUUGGAAAGAUUCUCUGUCCUUUCUCUCUUAACUCUCACUGACAAAUGAGUGCAGAAGGAAAAGUAGUUUGUGUAACAGGAGCGUCAGGCUACAUUGCCUCAUGGCUAGUCAAGCUCUUACUCCACCGUGGUUAUACUGUCAAAGCCACUGUUCGUGACCCAAAUGACCCCAAGAGAACUGAACACUUACUCAAUCUAGAUGGAGCUAAAGAAAGACUUCACUUAUUUAAAGCAAAUUUAGUUGAAGAGGGGUCUUUUGAUCCCGUAGUGGAUGGAUGUGAAAGCGUGUUUCACGUGGCUUCUCCUGUAUUACUCGGGACAAAUAUUGAUCCACAGGCAGAUCUGAUUGAACCUGCAGUAAAGGGAACCCUAAACGUUCUCAAGUCAUGUGCCAAAUUUCCUUCUGUCAAGAGAGUGAUUCUAACAUCUUCCAUGGCUUCGGUUAUUUUCAAUGGAAAACCAUUGACCCCUGGCGUGGUAGUGGAUGAGACUUGGUUUUCAGAUUCUGCGUUUUGUUUGUCAAAUAAGCUUUGGUAUAUGGCUUCAAAGACUUUAGCUGAGGAGGCUGCUUGGAAAUUUGCAGAAGAAAAAGGAAUUGACAUGGUUACAAUUAAUCCAGGCUUUGUGAUUGGUCCUCUCUUGCAGUCAACUCUUAAAUCCACUGCCGAGAUGUUUCUGGACCGCAUAAAUGGAGGAGCAUCAGGAUUGCCAAGUGAAAUUUAUAGAUUUGUUGAUGUGAGAGAUGUUGCUUAUGCACACAUUCAAGCACUUGAAAUACCUUCAGCCAGUGGUAGAUAUUGUUUAGUUGGAAGAGUUACGCACUUCUCUGAUGCAGUGAAGAUUGCGCAUGAACUAUACCCUACUUUGCCCCUUCCUGAAAAAUGUGCAGAUGAUAAGCCUUCUCCAUUGAAUUACGAGGUAUCAAAAGAGAAAGCAAAGACUCUGGGUCUUGACUUCACUCCUCUGGAGGUGAGCGUGAAGGACACCCUUGAAAGUUUGAAGGAGAAGGGCUUCCUUAAUGUCUGAGGUAGCUGGCUAUUGAAGACGUUGCGAUCCAGCUGAUAAAGGAAAGCAAAUGAUUUGCAAUGAUAUGCUGCUGCUAGGAGUCCAUUUUGUUGGAAAAUGGGAGACUCUUUUUAUAUGAAUAAAGUUUUUAUGUUGACACUUGGCAUGAAGCUUCCUAGCUUGGUUCUUGAAUGGAAUAAUUCUUGUACUUGAAAAGAUUCGAUUCAUAUAAUUUUGUUUCUUGACAGAA